GGUGCAACUUUUUAAAGAUAUCAAAUAAUGCCAGUCAUUAUUUUCUUUACUUCUACGUCGUACGGAAAGUAACAAGUGUAACAUUUGUGAUGGAAUCGGCGAUAAAUACCAAAUUCGGAACCCGACGCAGAAUCCAUGAUGACGCCUUAAACAAACUUAACGGUUUAAGGAGUUCUCAUCAUAUUGGCAAAACAACACCUUGGCAAGGCGUAACAGUCAUUUUAAAUGAAAACUUUAACGACAUUCCUGUCUUCAAAAUUCAAUUACGCAAAGGAUUCCGCAACAAAAAUAAAACCACCGGUACGGAUACAUCAAUGAUUCUAAAUGGUUUAUAUGCGUUUGGUGUUCAGUGUGGCUUGGACUCUCCCCCGCUGUUGUACUCCAGCAAAAGAAACAUAUAUGCACUGCUCUCACCGCCUUCGUUUUUUAAAAACCUACAUUUCACAGAGGACAAGCAUCUGACAGAUACGUUUCUAGAAUACCAAAAUGAGUAUCGGCAAUGUUUGUACUGUCUAUAUGCGGACUUCAGUUCGUUGGAGAAACGCACUGGUACUAGUAAAAUCCCUAUACUCAGGUUUAAUGAAAUAGCCCAGACUCAUGUAACAAGUGGUUUUGGAGAAAGUCAGCGGAAUGAAUUCUUUUUCCCCGGUUAUGAAACGUUCAAUCAGCCACCGUUUGAUGAAAGGCUUCCGAUCCAAGUCACCGAUGACAGAGAGAAUGAAAUCCUUUCACACCAACAACCGGAUCGUAAUGGACAAAUGCAGUCAGACACACGCGACGAGCAAAAUAAUAACAACAUUAAUUUUAAGAGAUCCCAAUACCCUGAUUUCGAGGAUGUUCAAUACAGAUUAGAAUCAUACCGCGGAUGGCCACUAGAACAACCACACCCAGAGGCACUAUGUGAUGCAGGAUUCUUUUACACCGGUCAAAGUUACGACCUCGUGCGGUGUUUCUGUUGUGGAAUUGGCCUGAAAGACUUCUCUGACACGGAUAAUCCUCUUUUGGAACACACAAAACAUUCCGAAAAGUGUCCGUUCCUGCUGGACCACUUUGGAAGUCGGGAAGUCUUAGAAAGAUACAAGCAAAGAUUCGUACCUCAGGAUCCUGAAGAGAUCAGGCGAAUGCAACGUGCCCUGUUCCAGUGGUUGAUAAAUAAUAAUAUACACGUUUUAGGUCGGCAAACCUCAAACUUCAGAGCAAAGCACGAGCAGUUCCGAACGCUUAAAUCUCGCAUGGAUACGUUUAGAUAUUGGCCUAAAAAUUUGUCCCAGAGACCAGAACAGCUGGCCGAGGCAGGGAUGUACUACACAGGUGUUGAUGAUCAUUGUCGUUGUUUCUCGUGUGAUGGUGGUUUGAGAAAAUGGGAACCAGGAGAUGAUCCUUGGACAGAACACUGUCGGUGGUUCCCGGUCUGUCUUUAUGCAAGAGAAAUCAAGGGCGACGAAUUUAUCAACCUCGUCCAACUUUCUGCCGAUCAGGCCUUAGAAGAAAAUGGCCCAAAUCUUCAAGAUGAACCGAGUGGUGCAAUGGCUGCUUUAAAAAUCGACGAUGCAAAUAUUGAAAUACUAGCGGAACAAAAUAGAGAAAUUCUAGUUCAGGACAUGGGGUUUCCAAUUACAGAUGUAAAAACUGCCCUUUUUGAACUUGUCCAACAUGAUGUUGAUGAUAUAAUACUUCGGCUGGAUGUAAUGAAAGAGAGAAAACAGCUAGAAAACAACUUAAAGGAAACACACGUACCACUAGAUCCGAGAGAACCAUUACUGGAAGAAAACCAACGAUUGAAUGAUAUGCUAAUGUGCCAUUUAUGCCACAACAACCCAGUGAACGCAUUGUUUCUACCCUGCACCCAUCAUAAGUACUGUCUGAACUGCACAGAACACAGCGAAAGAUGUCCAGACUGUUACAGAACAAUUAAGGAAAGGGUUCGCACAUAUAUGACAUGAACGGUGUUCUGCAAUUAUGAUAACUCGAUGUAUAAUGAGAGCUUUUGUGGCUUCAAAGCUGUUUAAAUAUUGAAUAAUUUGCAUAUACGUUGAACUUUUAUGUUUUUGUUUAUUUAUAAGAACGCUGUGUGUGACGUUAUCUUAAUAUUGAUAAAGUCAUUAUUACAUAUUAAAUGGCGCUGUCACUGUAAGAGCCGAAUACCCACCAACAUAUUUCUUCCCCCAACAUAUUUUCCUGACCUUCAAUUUUGGGACAACAGGCACAUUUAAUUAGUUUUGUUAAAUGUGUGUGCAUUAUUGUUUGUUAAUUAUUAUUUAAUAAAUAUUUUAUCAACAGCUAAAUCUUUAGCGCGAUCUAUUAUUAUACAAAAAGAAUCAAAAAUAUUUGUCAAGAGAAGUUUUGGAUCUUAUGCUCUCUCAAUGUCUUUAAUCUUGUUUUUAAAUAUGUUUUAUACUAUGUGAGAUAUUCUCUGCACACGAACUGUUGACUAAAAGGCCAUAAAUUUAAGAAAUAUGUCUGGUUUCUUUAAUUCUGUAAUUCCUUCAAAACUGCACUACAUGAUAUCACAUUUGAAUUCAUAUAAAUCUUUGAGUUUUCCUUCGAAGGAGAAGACUGACGGAUGUAAUUUCGAAUGAACGGAAUAAAACAUGAACGUUGCUAUUACUGUGCAGUAUCCUUUCAAGAACGAUCCGUUUUAUCCUUGCUAAAAGGCAUCCACAAUUGUAGCGGCGACCAAGAAGAAGAAUCGAUUACUAUACACCUUUCUUCGGGCCGAUUAAACUAGUG